AUGGCGGAUGAAAUAAUUCAAAAAACUCGCCAAGAUUUGGAAAAUAUUCAAGUAUUUCUUAUAACUAUCGAAAGACGAAAUGAUGAAAAUGAAGUGAGGAAAUUGAUUCGAGAUACGGAACAAGGAUUGGUGUGGGUUUUUGAAAGUUUUAAAACAAAGAAAAAAACGAAAUAUAUUGUUUUUUCAGGAAAAUUGAUGCGCAACUUCAUAAAUUGGAUUCGCAAAUCUAUCGUGAAACAGCCAGUUUUCGACAAAAUAAUAAAAUAACAAUUGAACAAUUAAAAAGUGAUAUAUAUCUUGUCAAAAGCUCUUUCAACACAAUUAAAACUCGUUUUGAAAAUCAAUGUCGACGUGCGAUGGAAAAAGAAGAACUUUUGAAGAGAAGGUGAGAAUCAUUUUGAAACACACCCGCUCAAGCAACACAAAAAUCAGCAAAACGCUGUAAAAACAGUGCACCCUGUAGCUCAAAACCUAGAUAAGCUUCAUGAAAAACUAAAUAUAGCAUGAAAAUCAGCGCAUCAAGUUCUACCUGACUUGCUACUUUUCUUAUUUUUUGAGGUCCUGCGAAGAAAGUUAGCAAUCGCGACAAGACCCAACGCGUUAAAUUUAUCAUGUUCCUUUAAUACUGUAGUGCGAAAUAUAACGGCGAACAGAGAGAAUUAGACAAAAGUGUUUGCACAGUUUUUUUCAUUCGCAGAUUGUUCGUUUUACUGUAGAAAACACUCAUUGCGUGGCUUGAACGGGUGUGGAAAAUUCAACUUUUUUAUUUUUUUUUUAAAUGAAAUGUUUUUGCAGAUUCACAACAAACAAUGAAACUCGUUUGAAUAUGGGAUUUGAUCACGAAUUGAAUACAAAUGAACAUUUGAAACAAUCAACAAGUUUAAUCGAUCAAAUGCUAUUACAAGGUGCUCAUAUUCUGGAAGAUCUUGAAAAUCAAAAAUCGGCACUUUUCUCGAUUCGAAAACGAUUUCAUUUUGUUGCAAAAUCAAUUGGAAUAUCUGACACAACUCUUCGUUUAAUCGACAAACGUGUGAAAGAGGAUUGGAAACUUUUUGUAUUUGGUGUGAUUUUCUGCAUGAUUUUUAUGGUAAUGUUUUAUUUAUGGUGGAUGGGUUAA